ACGCUUGCCGCUUGCAACUGCCACAAACUUGCAAGCAUGCUGCGGCUCUUCUCUAAGCGGGCGACCGACGCGCCGCCAGCGUCGCUCGAAGAUGCGACCGACUUUCCCGCGCUCGCAGCGCAGCUCUCGGUAGUCGAAGAGCGUCUGCGCACGACAAGCUCACUCCUCGUGCGUCACAGCCAAGCGCUCGCCGAGCUCAUGCAAACAUCGACCGAGCUGCGCGCGCUGCUCGUACAACCGGCCAACGACGACGAGUCGGCGUCGUCCAUAGCCGCCGAGCAAAAGGCCUUGGCAGACAGCGUCGCGCAGUUUCGCACGACAGCGAUUGCGCCGCUGCAAUCGCUCCUUGGGUCGUUUCCACACCUUCGCCAUCGCAUGGACCACCGCAAGAGCGCGCUUGCCACCACCCAGCGGUACGACGCCAAGGUGCGCGACAUGCACGGCGAGUCGGCGCGGCUCCAGCGGAACCGGGCCAAACUGCACGCUGCCCAAGAGCGUUUCCAGCAGCUCGACGCCGACGUGCGCGACCAAGUCAAAUCGCUCCUGGCGCUGGAUGUCCGCGCCGUCGUCGAGCCGCCGCUGCUUCAGCUGGCCGAAUCCCAACAGCAGUGGGCAACCGCGCUGCAGCACGGCUCGCAGCAGUUGCGAAGUCGCAUUCGACUGGCGUCGCCACGGGCCCUGCCCAAGGCGCGGUCUUUGGACCCGCAAGACGACACCGACACGGAAGAGAGCUGCGACAAGGUCGGGUCGUUCCAGCGCCAUGGCUCGGACGAUCUCGACAUCCUCGACAAGAGCCGCGCGAUGCGCCCAAAGCACCAGCACGCGUACGGCACCAAGACGUGGGAGAUGCACAAGCACAUCAAAGCGUCGUUAGCGAGUGGUCUCGAUGUACUCGAAGCCGUGCAGCUACCGCCUGGAUUCGCCAAGCUCGAAUGGAUCGCCGUCCACGUCGUCGAUUUCUUCAACGAAGUGUCGCUGCUCUACGGCACCGUUUCGGAGCUCUGCACGCCGAGUUCGUGCGCGGCCAUGACCGCCGGGCCGUGCUACACGUACCUCUGGGCCGACGACGGCGGCGUUCCGACGGCAUGCAGUGCCAGCACGUAUGUCGACAAGCUCCUUCGCUGGGUCGAAGUCCAGAUCGAGAACCCAAGUCUCUUUCCGUCCGGGACGUUGGCGCCACCGAGCAGCAUGGAGCAUAGCGCGCGCAACAUUCUCAAGCGGCUCUUCCGCGUCUACGCGCACAUUUACCACUCGCACCUCGCCGACUUUGUCGCGCUCCACGCCGAGUCGCACCUCAACUUUAGCUUCAAGCGCUUCGUCUUCUUCGUGCUCGAGUUCGACCUUGUCGAAAAGAAGGAGCUCAACGCGCUGCGAAAGCUCAUUGCGACAAUCGCGCCCAGUCGCCUCGACUAAGACUCACAUGACGUGACAUGUGACUUGAUACAUUGAAACGCGCGACUUGAUACUUC